AUGUCCUCUAUCGCUCAGAACGUGGGCGCUUUACCCACUCGACUACGUAAUUUCUUUGCUCGCUAUCCCCCCCAGGUCUACUCCUCUCUUGUCGCACCUCGACCAACACCCCCGGAAGCUGAAACCUCCGCCGACCAAGCCCUUCCAUCGCCCUACACGCCUGACCGUGAUGCGAAAGGUGCUCACCGACCAGAUCCUGAAGAUUUCUCACCAUCACGCUCAUUAUUGUUCAAUGACCCGAAAAAUCCCAAUCCUUUCUUGCCACGGAAGAUUUUCAACUCCAAGAAGUGGAUGGGCCCCCGAUAUGGACUCCGCCAACAGGCAGAUCUAGUCAAGCUGGCGAUCAAGUAUAACGUUGAGCCACUGCUUCCUCCUGGUCCCAAAUCCACCGAAUAUAAGGCUGCCAAACUCGCCGAGCGCGGUCUGCGGAUCAAGGGAACUGGUAUUGGACAAAAGGUCAAGGGUCACAAGUGGGAGCGUACAAUGGAGGCGAAACUCGAGGAUCGCCGCAAGGCGAUGAUCGAGAUGCCGGAGAUGAUUCGGUUGUGGAAACAAAGAGGUCAUGGUCGUGGCUGGCGACAGUGGCCCAAGCGAUAA